AUGACUGGUAGUCCAGUCUCAUACAGACUUCUCAGAACAGGCGGCCGUCUUACUUCUCUAAUUCUCUCGCAAAUCUCUCGUGACUCUCUUUAUGAUGGUCUCGUUCUUCGAGUCUCUCUCCCGUCUUUUUGUAGCACCAUGACCCGUAAUGGUUGCCUGCGGGUGCUCACUCACAUCUUAUAUCCAAACACAUUUUUUUUGCUCAGAGGAAACCAUGAAUGUCGGCAUCUAACAGAAUAUUUCACAUUCAAGCAAGAAUGUAAAAUAAAAUAUACAGAGAGAGUUUAUGAUGCUUGUAUGGAUGCUUUUGACUGCCUGCCCCUGGCAGCCUUAAUGAACCAACAAUUCUUGUGUGUCCAUGGAGGACUGUCACCUGAAAUCCAUACAUUAGAAGACAUAAGAAAAUUGGACAGAUUCAAAGAACCGCCAGCCUUUGGCCCAAUGUGUGAUAUUUUAUGGUCCGAUCCUCUGGAAGACUUUGGUAAUGAAAAAACAACAGAACACUUCACACAUAAUAGUGUUAGGGGUUGCUCAUAUUUUUACAGCUAUGCAGCAUGUUGUGAUUUUUUGCAACAAAAUAAUUUAUUGUCUAUUAUCAGAGCACAUGAAGCCCAGGAUGCUGGGUACCGCAUGUAUAGGAAAAGUCAUCAGACUGGAUUUCCAUCAUUAAUAACAAUAUUUUCUGCACCUAAUUACUUGGAUGUGUACAACAAUAAAGCGGCUAUUCUAAAAUACGAAAACAAUGUGAUGAACAUCCGACAGUUCAACUGCUCUCCACAUCCAUACUGGUUACCAAAUUUCAUGGAUGUAUUUACAUGGUCCUUACCUUUUGUUGGAGAGAAAGUUACAGAGAUGUUGGUAAACGUCCUCAAUAUCUGCUCAGAUGAUGAGUUGAUGACAGAGGGAGAUGACACAUUUGAAGUUGCUGCCAGAAAAGAAGUCAUCAGAAAUAAGAUUCGAGCUAUUGGCAAAAUGGCAAGAGUAUUUACUGUUUUGAGGGAAGAGAGUGAAAGUGUUUUGCAAUUGAAGGGACUCACCCCCAAUGGUUUGUUACCUCUUGGUGCACUGUCAGGUGGCAAGGAUACUUUAAGAAGUGCGAUCGAUAAUCCGAACGAGGAACCAGCUAUCAAAGCCCCUUUUUUCUCUUUUUUUUUCCUUUUCUCUUUGUUUUUCCUUUUCUCUUUGUUUUUCCUUUUCUCUUUGUUUUUCCUUUUCUCUUUGUUUUUCCUUUUCUCUUUGUUUUUCCUUUUCUCUUUGUUUUUCCUUUUCUCUUUUUUUUUUUUUCCUUUCUCUUUUUUCCUUUUCUUUUUUUUUCCUUUCUCUUUUUUUCCUUUCUCUUUUUUUUCUUUCUCUUUUUUUUUUCUUUUUUUUUUUUUUUUCUUUCUUUUUUUCCUUUCUCUUUUUUUUUUUCUCUUUUUCCUUUCUUUUUUUUUUUCUCUUUUUUUUUUUUCUCUUUUUUCCUUUCUCUUUUUUUUUCUCUUUUUUUCCUUUCUCUUUUUUCUCUUUUUCUUUUUUUCCUUUCUCUUUUUUUUUCCUUUCUCUUUUCCUUUCUCUUUUUUUUUUUUUCUUUUUUUUCCUUUCUCUUUUUUUUUCUCUUUUUUUUCCUUUCUCUUUUUUUCCUUUCUCUUUUUUUCCUUUCUCUUUUUUUCCUUUCUCUUUUUUUCCUUUCUCUUUUUUUCCUUUCUCUUUUUUUCCUUUCUCUUUUUUUCCUUUCUCUUUUUUUCCUUUCUCUUUUUUUCCUUUCUCUUUUUUUCCUUUUCUUUUUUUUUUCCUUUCUCUUUUUUUUCCUUUCUCUUUUUUUUUCUCUUUUUUCCUUUCUCUUUUUUUUUUUCUUUCUCUUUUUUUCCUUUCUCUUUUUUUUUCUUUUCUCUUUUUUUCCUUUCUCUUUUUUUUUUCCUUUCUUUUUUUUUUCCUUUCUUUUUUUUUUUUUUUUUUUCCUUUCUCUUUUUUCCUUUCUCUUUUUUUUCCUUUCUCUUUUUUUCCUUUCUCUUUUUUUUUUUCUCUUUUUUCCUUUCUUUUUUUCCUUUCUCUUUUUUUUUUCUCUUUUUUCCUUUCUCUUUUUUUUUUUUUUUUUUCUUUCUUUUUUCCUUUUCUCUUUUUUUCCUUUCUUUUUUUUUCCUUUCUCUUUUUUUCUUUCUUUUUUUCCUUUCUCUUUUUUUUUUCUCUUUUUUUCCUUUCUCUUUUUUCCUUUCUCUUUUUUUCCUUUCUUUUUUUCCUUUCUUUUUUUCCUUUCUCUUUUUUUUUUUUCUCUUUUUUUUUCCUUUCUCUUUUUUUCCUUUCUCUUUUUCCUUUUUUUUUUUCUUUCUUUUUUUUCCUUUCUCUUUUUUUUCCUUUCUCUUUUUUUUUCCUUUCUCUUUUUUUCCUUUCUUUUUUUUCCUUUCUUUUUUCCUUUCUCUUUUUUUUCCUUUCUCUUUUUUUCCUUUCUCUUUUUUUUCUUUUUCCUUUCUUUUUUUUCUUUCUCUUUUUUUUUCCUUUCUUUUUUUUUUUCUUUUUUUUCCUUUCUCUUUUUUUCCUUUCUCUUUUUCCUUUCUCUUUUUUUUUCCUUUUUCUUUUUUUUUUUUUUUUUUCUUUUUUUUUUUUCCUUUCUUUUUUUUUUUUUUUUCCUUUCUUUUUUUUCCUUUCUCUUUUUUUCCUUUCUCUUUUUUUUUCUCUUUUUUUCCUUUCUCUUUUUUUCCUUUCUCUUUUUUCCUUUCCUUUUUUUUUUUCCUUUUUUUUUCCUUUCUCUUUUUUUUUCUUUCUCUUUUUUCCUUUCUUUUUUUUUCCUUUCUCUUUUUUUUCUUUUUUUUUUUUUCCUUUCUCUUUUUUUUUUUUUUUUUUUUUCUUUCUCUCCUUUUUUUUUUUUUUCCUUUCUCUUUUUUUUCCUUUCUCUUUUUUUUCCUUUCUCUUUUUUUUCCUUUCUCUUUUUUUUCCUUUCUCUUUUUUUUCCUUUCUCUUUUUUUUCCUUUCUCUUUUUUCCUUUCUCUUUUUUUUUCCUUUCUCUUUUUUUUUUCUUUUUUUUUUUUUUCUCUUUUUUUUUCCUUUCUCUUUUUUUUUCCUUUCUCUUUUUUUUUCCUUUCUCUUUUCAAACAGAAACUCUCUUUGCCAUUAUUCUUGCAGGCUGGAGUCGACCAUUUCAUGCAGGGGAACGAGAUGCUGGCCUCUCACUUCUCCAAAAGGUGGGAAUCCAGCUCUAAACGUCUCUCCAUUGAUCUCACCUUCAGCAUUCAAGGACGCUUUGGUCCUCCUCCUCUUCUUCCAGAACCUCCCACUUUGUCCCAUUUCUCUGAUCCCACACCCACCUUCCAAUCCCACUCUCUCUUUCUCUUGUUUCCUUACCACUCCAUAUUUUGUGGUAGUCUGUUCAUCUUUGUCUCUCUGUUGGUGAUUCUUUUCUCCACUACUUUACUAUCACCUAGGACGCGUAUAUGCCUACACUUACACUUUUUAAAACAGGGUGAGCGGCCUGGCUUGUUUGGUAGACUGGUAUCUUAA